ACUGAUGGCAUAGCACAGCGGAAGGUUCUUGUCAGCUGUUGUUUGUUGCACAUCUGCAUGAACACCAUCACACCUCUGUAGAACGGACACACCACUUUCAAACGGGAAGAGAGCGCGCGCUGCCUGCUCACGCGUCCUGCGCUCUGCUGAGACCUUUAUAACGCUUUCAAAAAAGGAGGUGGGAGAAAAGAAAGAGAGAGGAAGAGGGAGAGAGAGAGAGAGAGAGGGAAAGAGUGGGAAACGCUUCCUCCAGCGCUCUGGCUCGGAUUAUUUCUGGUGCGUGUGCCAGCUGCUGGGGAAUACUUUUAAAUGGCGCGCGGCAAGAGCCGAUCAGAGAGAGAACAGGAGCGCGCGCGGAGCGAACAGCAGCCUUGAGGAACGCAACGAUCCACACACACACACACACACACACCCCGUCACCGCGGCGCACGGAGUGGCAAACACGCAGCGGUGUACUUGUAGCGUAGCGUCGCGCACUGGCGGACAGACUGAGCGAUGUUGGGCUUCAGUAAAGGUCACGGCUCGCUCAGGAUCCUCGGUGAAUCCGCCGCGCGCGCCACCGGCGCUUCCUCGCGCCUCUACUGCACGUUCAUCCUUCUCAUCCUCAUCCACACACCCCGCGUGGACUCGUCCUGGUGGUACAUUGGUGCUUUGGGUGCACGGGUUAUAUGUGAUAAUGUGCCAGGUCUGGUAAAUAAGCAGAGACAGUUGUGUCAGAAGUAUCCAGAUGUAAUGCAGUCGAUCAGCGAGGGAGGAAAGGAGUGGAUCCGUGAGUGCCAACACCAGUUCAGACACCACCGCUGGAACUGCAGCACAAUUGAGCGUGACCACACCGUCUUCGGCAGGGCCAUGCAACGAAGCAGUCGGGAGGCCGCCUUUGUGUAUGCAAUCUCCUCUGCGGGUGUUGUGUACGCCAUUACCCGUGCCUGCAGCCAGGGGGAGCUAAGGACGUGCAACUGUGACCCACACAAGCGUGGCAAGUCAAAGGAUGAUCGAGGCGAGUUUGACUGGGGUGGCUGCAGUGACAACAUUAACUAUGGGAUAAAGUUUGCAAAAGCAUUCAUAGAUGCCAAAGAGAGGACGGUGAAGGAUGCACGGGCACUUGUGAACCUUCAUAACAAUCGCUGUGGCAGAAUGUCAGUAAAGCGCUUUAUGAAGUUAGAGUGCAAGUGUCAUGGCGUCAGUGGCUCCUGCACCUUAAGGACUUGCUGGUUGGCGAUGUCCGACUUCCGGAAGACCGGUGAUUACCUCCGUAAAAAAUACAAUGGCGCCAUUGAAGUCACGGUAAACCAAGAUGGAGCAGGAUUCACUGUGGCUCACAAGGACUUCCGGAACGCAACAAAAAAUGAUCUGGUGUACUUUGAGAACUCACCUGACUACUGCCUAAUGGACAAAGCUGCAGGUUCUUUAGGCACGGCUGGCCGUGUGUGCAACAAAUCAUCUCGAGGGACAGAUGGCUGUGAGGUGAUGUGCUGUGGCCGGGGCUACGAUACCACACGUGUGAAGCGCAUCACCAAGUGCGAAUGUAAGUUCAAAUGGUGCUGUGCUGUUGAGUGUAAAGACUGCGAGGAGGCUGUGGAUAUACACACCUGCAAAGCUCCGAAACGAGCCGAGUGGCUGGACCAGACCUGAGACUCUGCCAAGUUCGGUCUUCCCCCGUCUUUUCAAGAUCUCCUGUGAACGAUGGUAUUCUGGGAUAUAAAGUCCAUCCUUCAUGGCUCCUGACCCUGAUUCCUAUUCCUUGUUGCAUGGCUUUAUUAUAACUCUCCGUGAAAGCACUACAACUAAAAAAAAACUCUGCAUUUCCCAUGAGCGUCUUGCACACUAUGUCCAACCCGGCACAUUACUCUGCCUCUCUCUUACUCUUUAUUUUAUGGUAUUCAUUUGGGCAGGAGACACGAAGAGUGUAAGAAUGAGCUGUGUUGCAACUGUGAACUUUUUUUGUUGGUGUUUUUUCUAUGUCUUGGUUCCUGUGAAUUUCCAAAGAUAUGCUGUUCCUCGAGUAGUGUUUUGUGCUGCAUUUAAAAUGCUUUAAGGACUUUAUAAAAGAACUCAAGGCCUCACUAUAAUACCACUUACCUGUUACUAAGAACACAUCUAUGUGCUUUGUACCAGUCAUACCCCUAUAACUUUGUCUGGCGUUGACUGAUACAAAUGUGAAUGGAGGCAGCAGCGUGAAGAGAAGAAAUCGCCUAGCGCUUUGCACACUUUUCCACUCACAAAGUGGCCAGAUUUUGGACAGAAGACUUCAAAGGAUUUUACAGAACUUUGUAAAAGAUGAGGAGAAAGAGAGACCCGAAGUUUUUAAAGGAUCGAAAUCUAAAGAUGAGCCUGCACUAAGAACACUAUCUAACCAAAAAUGUAAAUAUUAAAGCGUAAAUCUACAAUUAAAGAAAUGCGUAAUUGUAUGAACUUUAAUACUAAACAUGUGGUCCAAAACAUCUGUUCAAAUUAUAAUUGGAAUUAAUUAUAAUGUGUCAGAUAAAUGCUGAUGUUUUGGAUCUUCUGUAUAACUUCUGUAUUCUGCAUUAUAUUUAAACAAAAGUUCACAUAAAAUUAUGAAGUAUUAA